AACGGCUACUUACAGAGACAGAACUCCAAAUUUAAACCUCUUCCCCUCGGAUUCCUUCACCACCAUUCCCAGCCCAUCCAAGCGACGCUCCGAGUAGUCUUUCUUCUUCUCUCCAACACCAAGCUUUCUCUCUCAUCUUUUCUCUUUCUUUCUCUAGGAAUGGAGGAUCAACCUGAUCAGUUGCCGCAGAUCAACGGCGAGGACUUCUAUGAGAAGAUUGAGGCGCCCAAGUUCGUGGACUUCACCGUGUCCGAUCGCUGCCCUCCCAAUGACCGUUACUGGUUCUGCUUGCGCGUCGGAUGCGACCAGAAACAUGAAGAAGAACUGGAUCCUGAGGAAAUAGAAAAAAGUUUUGUUCUUCGGGUUAUGGCUGCAAGAAGCCCUAACAUACGGUUUCGGAAAGCACUAAGUCGAAAACCGCCGAGUUCUAGUCCGAAAUGCCCACUUACAGCUCCUGCAAAGCCUUCAAAGUCUAGAAUACCAAGACUUGCCAUUAUUUCUUCGAUUUCUCGAAAGUUGGUUGAUGAAAAACAUGAAUCCAGGCCUCUCUCAAAGCUCAAUGCAACCCCGAAAGCCAAUUUGAAGCGAUCAAGUUCUGCAGCCAAGGCGUUUACAACUCCAAGGAAUAGAAAACGAAUAUCAAAUCCAGACAAAUUUAGAAGUGUUCAGAAUCCUAAAGCAACAAGUAUAGCGGUGCCAAAGGCAAGGGUUAUAGCAAAAGCCCUGGUUUUUCACUCUCCAAAGAGGACUGGCAGGAUAAAGACUUCAGUAGAAUUGAAAACUCCUGUUGGGAAAUUAUGCGCAGCCAUGUCAAAGCUCGAGAUCACCAGUGCAAAGAAACAGCCAUUAGAAACAAAAACUCCGGUGGGGAAAUUGUGUACAGCCAUGUCGAAGCAUGACAUCGCCAGUGUAAAGAAACAGGUGGGAUUGCCUCUUGGCACAACCUCAAGGAAACAAUUUAGAGGACGAGAGGUUAAAAGCCGGGUAUAUGACUCGUCGAACUCUCGCAAUCACAAGGGUCAGGAAGUAAAAGUCUUGAAAAAUGUAAAGAGAAAGAAAAAGGAAAAGGACUUAGAGCUAAAACAGAACUGUGAUGAAGAUGAAAAUAAAAAUGGUUCAAGUGAUAUGGAGAUUGAUUUGAAGAGAUCAAGGGGUGGUUCAUUGGAAGGAUGUUCUCAAUCGGACAGGUCUAAGGAUGCGGAAAUAAAUGCAAAGGAAGAGUGUUUGAAGUCAGUGAAAACCACCUUAGAACCACGAUGCGAUGAGCACCAAGUUGAAGCAUCAUCGGAGACCUCAAGUGGGGAAAUGUCCAUCUUGCCGAGUUCCGAAGAGAGGGCUUUAGGUGACAGUGAUCAAGUGAUGACUCGCGACACAACUGAUCACACAGAGAAAACAAAUUCGAGUGAUGAGAACAGCUCUCAUGAUGUAGACAAUGAUGAUAAAGAAAAUUCUUUUCCCUCUGAUGACAAAGAAAAUGAUGGUGAAAAUGAGAGUGACGAAAAAGAAAAUGCUUCAGCUUCAGAUGGUAACAGAGAACCUCACGGUCCUUCCAAGGGGGGAAUUGUUGGCAAUUGUGAUACAAAGAAGGACAAUCAAGGAAUAAAAAGGACAUUGAAGAAGAGUUCUGUGGCUGCUACAGUUGCACAAGAGGCAAAGUAUAGGAAACCAAAGCCCACAAAUCCCAAGCCUUUUAGGUUUAGAACUGAUGAAAGAGGUAUUCUUAAGGAAACAAAUCUGGAGAAAAAACUGCACCCACCUCUCAAGGAAAUUUCAUCAGCAAAGCCAUCAGAGAAGUCAUUGAGAAAACAUCCAAAUUUGGGCCAGAAAAAUGAGAACUGCCAAGGUGAAAGUGAGAAUGAGAAUGGCAUUCAUGAAGAGAAUGGAGGAGUAGAUAAACCUGGAAGAGCCAAGAAUUGCUCGAGGACUUGGAAAGCGAUUUCGGAACAGAAAUCUUUGCCUUCUUUACAUUCAAGGAGAUGUCCUGUUUCUUCUGUUUCAGAGAAAAGUUCAGAAAGGACUGAAUCACCUAUCAUUCAGAAAAGUUUUGUGAGGUCUCAAGGGAUUGCAUCAAGUAGAAAAACAGCUAGACUUGGUGUAAUGAAGGAAAGAUCAACGAUUAUCCUCAGGCACAAGGAAGUCGAGAAACCGUGCGAAAAUGGCGCUUCUGCAGCACCCAGAUCAGUGUCAAGGGGAAGAAGGCCUACAACCAUUCCAAAGGAGCCGAAUUUUCAUAGCAUUCACGUCCCAAAGAGCUGCACAAAGAAAGUGGCUUAUGAAGGGUUUCCGGAAAAGAAGUUACUUUGAUAUUUUCUGGUUUGGUGUUCAAUUACAUC